AAAAAAAAAAAAAAACCUAUUUUUUCAGUGUUCCUGAAUCUUAAUUUAAGUGUUUUUCGAGAUAGUCGAAAACAUUUCUUCACCGUUUAGCCAGCCGAACGUGAACCAGGUUAUUUUAUUGCAUUAUUGACUCUAAAAUGCUAUCCUGAACGUUCGGAGUGCACCGAGUCAUCGUGCUCUUUCCAAGAGUCAGCUAUUCGUUCGGAGUCAUUCGGAGUAUCAUCCCAAAAAGAACGCUUUUCAAGUGUCCAAGGAUUAUCAACCGAUCUUGACCCCUAACCUGACAGUCAGUUGACACUGACAGGACAGUAUGAAAAUAAACAUGUUUUGUCUUAAGAAAUUUCCUUUAUCAGGUUUUUUUUUCUUUAACUUGUAGAGAUUUUAGAUAACUAUUAAUAGUUUAUGGGUUGUAUUUUUCAAGCUCUAGUAAUACAAAUAAAUAACCAAUGGGUGCGACCUGUUGCGAAAUCAAUUUCUUGAUGAUAGUUUAGUUUAAGAAGUCCUUUGUUUAUAAAAAAUGACACCAGAAGAAGCCCGCCUACGGGAGGGAAUUUCCAGUUAUCAGAACCCAAAUAUACAAUCGCCACUCGAUAUGUCUCAUUCACACAGCAUCAACACAAUACCUUCAAUAAGGGAUUAUAUUAUAUCCGAAGAUCUUUUAGCUGGACAGAGAUUGGAUGGAAGGAUGUCUAAUGUUAGAAGAUUCUUCUGCCUCUUUGUCACCUUUGAUUUUUUAUUUAUAUCACUUAUGUGGCUGAUUUGCGUUAUGAUGAAUGGUGAGAACAUUCUUCAUGCCUUAUCAGACCAAAUACUGCAUUAUAACAUACGUACCUCCCUAUUUGAUAUCGUACUCCUAGCAUUUAGUAGAUUCAUAGUUCUCAUAUUUUUCUAUGCAGUCUUGUAUAUCAACCAUUGGAUUGUGAUAUCGAUAUCGACUGCACUAAGUUGCGCUUUUCUUAUAGGAAAAGUAUUUAUGUUUGAUUGGCCCAAAUCUUCACAACCUGUUUUAGAAGUCUUAUUGGUACUUGGCUCAUUUAUCUUGUCAUGGGGAGAAGCUUGGUUUUUGGAUUUCAGAGUCAUUCCACAGGAAACUCAUGCAAAUAGAUAUCUUAUUGCUGCCACGGAAUCGGAACGAGCUCCUUUGAUCCGAAGCUAUGUACAGGGUCUUCCUUCAAUUUAUACAGAAAGUGUUGGCAAUUUUUACUCACCGAUGGCAUCUCCCGAAGGUUCUUUGCGCGGUUCUUUGUACGCACCCGAAAACGAACCAAUGCAUAUACAUCCAGCUCGGUUGACUCGAGACCAGGAGGACCAUUACAAGCAUUUGGCAGCUGUGACACUACAAUCUGCCUAUGAUUUAUAUCAGAAAACCGAUUGGAAAUUGGCAAGGCAACAGGGUCAGGAAAAUGUAUAUUGCAGAAAAGAUCCUAAAGUUGGGACGAUAUUUAAACUAGAGACCGAGAUAUCAAUAUCGCCCAAAUUCCUAAUGGACGAACUCUAUUUUGGUGUGGCCGACUUGCACAAAUGGAACUCAUCAGUCAAAGAAUCAUAUAAAGUGCAAGCCAUAGACGAACACACAGAUAUAACCUAUCAAAUUUCUGUAGACGGUGCUGGAGGUUUGGUCACGAGCAGAGAUUUUGUCAAUCUUCGCCACUGGACUAUUGUCGAUGGGGUUUAUGUUAUGUGUUGCAUAAAAUGUGACCAUCCGAAGCUUCCGCCAAGUAAUAGAUAUGUUAGGGGAGAAAAUGGUGUUGGUGGUUAUAUCGUCGAACCGAUUCCCAAUGAAGACAACAAAUGUCGUUUUAUAUGGAUUAUUAAUCCUAAUUUGAAUAUUAAAAUUCCCAAAUUUAUUUUAGACAAAGAAAUUAUUAAAAUGAUGUUUGUAUUCACUAGCGAUCUUAAGGCUCAUAUCAUGAACAAAUCAGGAGAGAUAUGCUGAAGGACUGAUUUUUAUAUUUUAAGAUUUAAACCAGAAAAGUUAUUAUUUUUAGGUGCACAUUUUUUAAAAAAAAGUCUCAUGACAGAAACUAUUCUAAAUUUUGUAUUAUAUAUGUAAUUUAGUUAAGGGUCAUGAAUCCAGUUUCCGGUUUUUACCCAGGGAUGAAGUAGAACUUCAAAAAAAGCAUUUCGAUUAUCAGGACAUUAUUUUGUAAACUAGGCUUAAAGUUGUAUGUUAUAAUAUAACAGAUAAAUAUUAUAUUUUUGGGGGUAAUAUCUUAUUUGCUCUUUAAAUAAUUGUCAUAUUUCUGACUGUGAUGAAACAAUGAUACUUUAUUCUCAAAAUAUGUAGAUUUUAUAGUAAAAUGAUGUAAAUGCAAUUGAAAAACUGUGUUGAUAAUUAAUCACAAUCCUUGACUCAAAGAAUAAUUCUUUGGUUAUCCUAAGAAUUUCUUCUCCGACAAGUUGUUGUCAAAAUGAAAACUGUCUAAUAAUUAAUUGGGAUAAUUUAGGAUUGAAAACUUGAAACAACGUCUCAUGAAUUAUCUACAUCUAUUUUCUCUGUUAAUCUGAUACAAAGUUUGUCAUUUAUAUGAGGAAAAUUAUUUUUCUUGAGAAGGGAACCAUGACUGACAAGCUUCGGUUGCUAUUUCACACAUAGCUGACAAAGUUUUACUGGCAGUAUCGUAUUCUAAAACAAAAAGAAUUCAUCAAAUUGGCAAUAAUAGUUCAGUGUAGUCAAAAUCAAUUUGGAUAAUAAAAAGUUGCUUACCAUUGUUUCCAAUUCCUCCAGAUCUUUUUCCAAAAAUUGAUCCGUUAAACGGCGGUUUUCUGUAAUUAGCCUCCGCAGGAGUCAGCACUAACAAAAACGUAGUGGCAAUAAGCACAAUUGCAAGUUUGGUAAAUAAAAAUUUGGUAUUCAUUUUUGUAGUUACUUUUCUGGCUAGCAAAAUGCAACUGUU